AUGGAUCAAGAUAACAAUGGAGAUGGAAUUUCAUGUCAUGAGAUCAUCACCAUCAAUGCAUCUAACAAAGGAACCAUGAUCAUAGAGAGGAAGAGAGGGCGAGAGAGAGAAAGAAAUGCUGGAGAGAGAGACACACACAGCUAUAACGGCACUGAUGCAUACGCUCAAUCCAAACUAGCCAACAUAUUGCAUACCAAGGAAAUCGCAAGACAGCUUAAGGCAAGAAAUGCAAGAGUAACCAUGAAUGCAGUACACCCAGGAAUUGUGAAGACUGGCAUCAUCAGAGACCACAAAGGAUUCGUCACAGAUUCUGUGUUUUUCCUCACAUCCAAACUACUAAAAACAACACCCCAGGGUGCAUCAACAACCUGCUAUGUUGCACUAAGCCAACAAACAGAAGGAGUGAGUGGGAAGUACUUUGCAGAUUGCAAUGAAAGCAACUGUUCAGCCCUUGCAAAUGAUGAAUCUCAAGCCCACAUGCUCUGGAAGCAGACCCGUGCACUGAUCCGUACACGAUUACGUCAACCAGUAACUUAAUAGAAACAUAAAAAUCAAUUACAGAACUCUACAUAACCUUCUCAUACAAGAUGGGUUACUAUUAGGCCUAGCUCUUACUGAGCUAUUUCCAAGCCGUAAAACAAAUAAGGUUACUCUUCCCCAACAUUGCUUUCAGCUAACUGGACACAACAUGACAAAUAGUGCUAAUAAAUUGUUACGUUUUGUCAUGUGUGCCUGUUGCCACAAGAAGUGUAUUAGGGUACACGUUGCAAUGCCACGAUUGAGGCAAAGGCAUCUCCCCAAACUUUACAACUGUCCGAGCUUUUGGCCGCAUAAGACUGAGACCCACCUCAUAUGAGAGAGUUAUGUUUGAUUUUGUGAUUAGUUAUUUUUGUGUUUAAAAAAAAAAAAUAAUUGUAGUCAUACAUAUACAUGUAAUAAUUAUGUCGCAUAUAUCUACUUCUAGAGAAGGUAUAUAUACACUAUGGUACAUGAAAAUAAAGAGCCUACCCUGUCAGCAUUGUCCCUAAAAUAUUGUUCCUCCACUUGAGGAGCUAUAUUUUGAAUAACAGAAUUGUAAACAUUUACGUAUCUCCCUCUUUGGGCAUUUGUGGUAUUCAAUGUUAUAAAUAAAAAUUUAAAGAAAAAAUUGUCUCUCA